AUGUCACCACAACAACAGCAAGAACAAACGCCCUCCAUUCGUAUAGUGCCGCACAUUGAAGGUCCUCGCUCGCUACAUUUUGACAUUAUUGAACGAGAAGUACCCGAAGGUUCAAUCAUAAAAAUUGGUCGAUUUACGGACAAAGCACACGUCCCUAAUAGAGUCACGUUUAAGAGUAAAGUAGUUUCUAGAGGUCACGCGGAAAUUUGGUGUGAAGGUGGAAAGUUUUUCAUUAGAGAUACGAAAUCUUCGUCUGGAACUUUUUUGAACCACGUUAGAUUAUCAUCACCAAGUCAGGAAAGCAAGCCGUAUCCAUUAAAAGAUGGUGAUGUGGUUCAACUUGGAGUGGAUUAUCAAGGUGGAACUGAAGAGAUUUAUCGUUGCGUAAAAAUGCGUAUCGAAUUAAAUCGUUCUUGGCAGCGAAGAUUCAAUCAUUUUAAUCUUAAUGCUCUAAAACAAGUAAAACAAUUAACCAGUCCGGAGGCAUUCAAACAUCAAACCACAGACUGCUGUAUUUGUCUCUGCGGGAUCGGUCCCUUUCAAGCGUUGUUUCUUGCGCCGUGCUCCCACGUAUUUCAUUAUAAAUGUAUACGACCAAUUCUAGUUACUCAUCAUCCGGGAUUUUUGUGUCCGUUGUGUAGAUGUUUUGCUGACCUUGAGGCAAGUGUUGAAAAUGUGAUCGAUUGGGAACAGAUAUUGGCCGAAGAAGAAUUGGCGGCAAAAAAAGAUGAGAAAGCUACAUCGACUGCUGAGGUGGUUGGCGGUGAUACUUCUAAAGCGAAGACUAACGAUGCCGCUGAGGUUACAACUAAAAGUUCAGUGGAUGUUGAUCAAACUUUUGCUAGAGAACAUCAACAAGAAAAUGGUAACACCAGUAACAGCGCAGCAACGUCACCCAUUCCUAUUAAUAAUGCUAACAAUAAUAAUGGCGGUGUCAAGAGUAAUAUUACAAUUAUUACUGAUUCACCAACCAAUGGAGCGCCCACCACUGCUGCUACUCAGCUAGACAAGAUCCAAAUCAAUGGUCAUUUUCUUACAGCACAAGAAAUAGAAUUACUUUUCAGUGCGUUAAAUCGUACACCAUUAGCUUCAUCAACGGCAUCCACAUCAUUGACAAUUCCUAUACCGAAAAAUAAUAAGGCAGGUAAUAGUAAUGGAAACGAAGAGAACGAUGAAAAUGGAAUGUUAAGUCGUACUUUACCAUCAAGUCCACCACAAAUAUCUAGUACCGUGGGAAUAGGAGCAUUUGAGGAUGAUAAUAGUAAUGGUGGUGAAAGACGACUUAUACGCGAAAAACAUCAAAAUUUAUCAACCACCUCAGUACAAGAUAUGGGAUUAUCAUCAGCUAGUGCUAGUGAUAAUGAUGAAGAUGGACUUCAUCUAAGUUUACAGUUUAGCGGCAGUGAUGGAGAUCACGCGUACUCGUUUAUAACAUCAGAAGAUGGACAAGAGAAUGGAAAAGGUGUUGAACGAUUAGCAAUAGAUCGACAAAAAAACGUAUUAUAA